ACAUUUUACCAAAUCUAACCUAAACCGUGACUUUUGACGUAAAAUUUACGAAGUAAAACUAUAUAUAAUGCAGCCCUGUAGGGGGCGCAAGCCAGUCCUCGUCCAAAGUCCGGAUAAACGCUGAGGGAUGCGUCGAGAAGGGCAUCCGGUUGAAAACUUUGCCAAACAAACGUCUAAAGAAUCCCUCAGUGGGAUCGAACUUGGUCCGGGUCGAGGGAGGGAGAAACAGAACAGGAAAACACCGAGGCUAAAACUGAGCGUGGGGACUUUGAAUGAUGCAACGGACCAGGACAGGAAAAGCUCAGAAGUUGCUCGACGACGUGAGAAACGUUCCAAAUUUUGUCCGUCGGAGAGAGCAGCUGGAAAUUGGCCAGUAAAAAAAAAGGGGGGCGGGCCGUCGCGCAGAUGAGAAGAAAAACGGAGGAUGACUUAUUUGAAAGAAAUUUCCUCGAGGUGAAAAGAGUCAAAAGGUCGCGGCUGUGGCGCCCCAGCCACCAGUUCCUCAAGGCCAGGAGAAAGCUCAAAUGCGACCGGGUCAACUUUAAGGUCACAGACAUCGCCGGCGGUCCGACACGCGACCUUUGGCUUUGCGUCAACGGAGCGGCCGCAAACAUCAAAGAUGUCACCGGCGGUUAUGGGCGCGUCGCUCACGUCGGCCGACGUCUCCGCGACAUCGGCGAGCGUUUCGGCUCCCCGCUUCUCGGAUGGCGGCGGGUCUGCCGCUGAUCCCGGCACUGGCGCUUCUGGCUCAACUCCUGCCGGCAGUCGUGCCUCCCUCGCCACGUCCACUUUUUAUUCCGCUCCUACCGCCGGCGCUCUGGUCUCAAACGUGGCUCCUCUUCUUGCUGCCGGUCCCGCCUCACCUGCUGCCUCCGAUCCCGCGUCCACGCCUCCCUCCGGUCUCACCUCCACCUCAUUUUCUCCCUCCAGGCUCACAUCCGCCCCUGCCUCCGGUUCUACCUACAUUCCCGCCUCUGGUGCCAUCUCACCUUCUGCCUCCGCUCCCAACUCGGGUCCCAGCUCCAGCGGCACCUCCGCUUUUGCCGUUAUUCCCACCUCCGCCCCCACCUCCGAUUCAACCUCCACCUCUCUCUCCGGUCCCACCUACACGCCCGCCUCUGGUGCCGUCUCACCUUCUGCCUCCACUCCCGAAUCCAGUCCCGGCUCUAGUCCCACCUCCACCCCUUCCUCCGGUUCUACCUCCACCUCUCUCUCCAGUCCCGGCUCCAGUCCCACCACCAUCCCUGCCUCUAUUCCCACCUCCACCCCCGCAUCCGGUCCCAACGCCACCCCGGCCUCCGGUCCCACCGCCAAUUCUGCAUCCAGUCCCGCCUCCUUUGCGACCACCGUGACUCCCUUUACGCCCACCUCCACCCCUGCCUCCGGUUUUACCUCCACCUUUCUCUCCAGUCCCGGCUCCAGUCCCACCACCAUCCCUCCCUCUAUUCCCACCUCCACCCCCGCAUCCGGUCCCAACGCCACCCCGGCCUCCGGUCCCACCGCCAAUUCUGCAUCCAGUCCCGCCUCCUUUGCGACCACAGUGACUGCCUUUCCGCCCACCUCCAUUCCUACCUCACCUCCUGCUUCCAUUCCCUCCCCCACCCCUGACUCCAUUCCAACCACCGCCCGUGGCUCCAGUCCCGCCUCCUUUGCAACCACCGUGACCCCCUCUACGCCCACCGCCACCUCUGCCUCCAGUCCCUCCCCCAUCCCUCCAUCCAGUCCCACCUCCACCCCUGCCUCCGGUUCUACCUCCACCUCUCUCUCCAGUCCCGGCUCCAGUCCCACCACCAUCCCUCCCUCUAUUCCCACCUCCACCCCCGCAUCCGGUCCCAACUCCACCCCGGCCUCCGGUCCCACCGCCACCUCUCUCUCCAGUCCCAUCUCUAGCCAGGAGAGAUCCAGUCCCGGCUCCAGUCCCACCACCAUCCCUCCCUCUAUUCCCACCUCCACCCCCGCAUCCGGUCCCAACUCCACCCCGGCCUCCGGUCCCACCGCCAAUUCUGCAUCCAGUCCCGCCUCCUGUGCAACCACAGUGACUCCCUUUACGCCCACCUCCACCCCUGCCUCCGGUUCUACCUCCACCUCUCUCUCCAGUCCCGGCUCCAGUCCCACCACCAUCCCUGCCUCUAUUCCCACCUCCACCCUCGCAUCCGGUCCCAACUCCACCCCGGCCUCCGGUCCCACCGCCAAUUCUGCAUCCAGUCCCGCCUCCUUUGCGACCACCGUGAGUCCCUUUACGCCCAGCGCCACCUCUGCCUCCAUUCCCUCCCCCAUCCCUCCAUCCAAUCCCACCUCCACCCCUGCCUCCAGUCCCGCCUCCUUCGCGACCACCGUGACCCCCUCUACGCCCAGCGCCACCUCCGCCUCCAGUCCCACCACCAGGCCCGCCUCCGCCCGUGCCUCGAGUCCUCCCUCGUACGCGACCCCCUUGACCGCCUCGAAGCCUAGCAGCCCCGCUGCCGCCGCCCCUCCCCCCGUUCCCAUUGACACGCCCCCCUCCACGCCUACAACAUCACCUGGAGCCACGCCCACCGGCCGCGCGGGGCCAAAGGUCAUCCUGCCGACGACGACCGGUGCCGGUAGCCAGCGAGGUGGGCCGAGCUGCUCGGUGACCUUCACGCAGGUGAAGGUCGGCGUGAAUCGGGUGCUGCUGACCUUCAGCUCCCAACGUCAGUGCCGCAACUUCACGGCGGCGGCCACGCACGACGGCAACGUUAGCGUCGGCGUUAGCGACUGCCGGGCGGUCGCACCGGGCGCUGCGAACUUUACCUGCGCCGUCACAGGACUGCAAGCGGGAACCGUGUACCGCGUCGCCGUGUCCUCGGCCCAACGCGGACCGGCGGAACCGGCGGGACGAGCGGAAGUGCAAACGGUUCCCGACGGGGUGUCGGCGCUGUCCGCUGCGUCGCUUCCUGACGGGACGGCGUUGCGUCUCACCUGGACGCCUCCCAGUGGCUACUGGGAGAAAUACAACCUGCUGCUGUGGAACGGCUCCACAGUCGUGCUCAACCAAACCAUCCACAAGCUGAGUCGGAGUUACGUGGUCGCCGCCGGCGUCUUGGGCCUGAUAGCGGGUCGGGUGUACGCCGCGGAGGUGACGGUGCUCAGCGGCAUCUUGACCAGCACGGCGCGCUGUCAAGCCCGACUCGCCCCCGGGCCCGUCCAGGGGCUUCACGUCCUUUGGGCCGACGACUCCGGCGUGCAGAUCCAGUGGCGCCCCCCGUCGGGCGAGUGGGACGGCUUCACGGCGGUCGUCCGACAGGCGGGGUCCGACUCGGCCGCGGCCCGGAGCCUCCUACCCCGGGAGGCUACGGGCUGCGCCUUCCGCGGGCUCGCCUCGGGGCGCCUGUACACCGUCACCGUGACGACCGGCAGCGGCAACCUGAGUAGCUCCGCCUCUGCCGACGCCUGGACCGCGCCGUCUCAGGUCGCCAGGCUGCAGGUUUCUAAUUUGGGAAGCACGGAGAGCCUUCUGGUUCAGUGGGAGCCGGCCGGCGGCGACGUGGACCUGUACGUGGUCCUGCUGGUCCACGAGGACAGCGUCAUCAAGAACCAGAGCGUGCCGGCCGACGCCGUCGGCCUGACCUUCCGCGAGCUGAGGCCCGGCGCCUUCUACAGGGUGGUGGUGACGACGGUCCGAGCCGGGCGCUCCUCCAGGCAGACGCUGGCUGAGGGACGCACCGUACCCGCUGCCGUUACUGAAAUAACUGUGAGUAAUAACGGCCGCACGGACUUCCUCAGCGUGUCGUGGCGUCCCGCUCUUGGGGAGGUGGACACUUACGUGGUGGCCCUAAGGAACCGGGACGAGACUCUUCAUACACUGGUCGUCUCCAAAUCGAGUCACCAGUGCGUUUUCAGCUCGCUGGUGUCGGGACGCCUCUACAACGUCUCCGUCAGCACUCGCAGCGGAACCUUCCGGAACCACACCUCCGUCCUGGGGAGGACACAACCGUCGAAGGUCCAGAACCCGACGGCGACGCACGGCGCCCGAGACGACUUCCUGAAGGUGUACUGGCGACCCGCCUCGGGAGACUUUGACCUGUACCUCGUGUCCAUCAAGCACAACAACGCCGUGCUGCAGAACCAGACGGUAUCCAGGAUGCGCAACGAAUGCGUCUUUCACGGCCUGGUCCCGGGUCGCCUCUACACAGUGGUGGUCGGUACCCGCAGCGGCGCCUACGAGGCCAGCACCUCCACCCACGGUCGCACCUUGCCGGCGGCGGUGGGCUCCUUGCGUGUCGCCCGUCAGUCCUCGCGGGAGCUUUGGGUGGCCUGGGCGGCGGCCCCCGGCGACGUGGACCACUAUGAGGUGCAGCUGGUCUUCAACGACAUGAAGGCGUUCCCGCCGCUCACCCUGGGCGCCGGCGCGGCCGAGUGCCGCGUGAGCUCGCUCACGCCCGGACGCCUCUACAAGGUUUUGGUGUCCACUUUCAGCGGACCCAACCAGAGGACCCGGUUCAUCGAGGGCCGCACGGUUCCCAGCCAGGUGAAGAACGUCCAGGUGAGCAACGGCGGCGACGGCAGCAGUUUGACGGUGAGCUGGACGCCGGGCGAGGGCGACGUGGACGGAUACGCGGCGGUUCUGCACAGGCAGAACCAGCAGCUGGCCGUGCGGCCCGUCCUCAAACUCCAGAGUCGGGUCGUGUUCGGCUCGCUGCGGCCGGGUCAGCUGUACGGCGUGACGGUUCAGGCGUUCAGCGGCGACCUCUCCAGCAACCGAACGGCCAGCGGACGCACAGUGCCGUCGGCGGUAACGGCGCUGAACGUGGAGAAUCCAGCCGGGACCGACGGGCUGCGGGCGAGCUGGCGCCGAGCGGCGGGCGUGGCGGACGGCUACUUCCUGCAGCUUCUGGACGAGCGAGGCGGCGUCCUCGCCAACGCCACAGCCGGCGGAGCCCUCACGUGGCACACCUUUCACGGUCUCAGCCCGGGAAGGCGCUACGGCAUCCUGGUCCGGACCGCGAGCGGCGAAGUCCAAAGCCUCGGGGUCAGCGCUCAGGCUCGCACACGUCCCGCGGCCGCCACCCAGCUGUCCGUCAAAAGCGACACCGGCACCGGUCUGGGCCUGACCUGGUCCCGGCCGGCGGGCGACUUGGACUCGUACGACAUUGUCCUGUACGGCGCCGACGGGGUCCCGCUGGAGCGUCGCCGGAUCGGGCCGUCCGGCCUGGACUGCCGGUUCGGAGGACUCUCGCCCGGUUCCGCCUACCGGCUGGAGGUCGUCACGCGGAGCGGACCUUUGAGCAACAGCUCCGCCGUCUGGGCCAGGACAGUUCCGUCCGCCGUCACGUCUCUGCGUGCCGAGAGCGGCGACGCUUGUGAGCGGCUGCGGGUGUUGUGGCGGCGAGGGCGGGGCGGAGUGGACGGCUACCGGGUGUCGCUGUUCGGCCCCGACGGCUCGCUGCGAGCGCAGGAACGGCUGGGCUCCGACGCCACGGAGUUCAUUUUCAGCGACCUGACGCCGGGCCGGCUUUACCGCGUCGACGUCCUGAGCCUCAGCGGCGAUCUGGCCAACGGCACCGGCGUGCGCGGGAGGACCGCUCCCAGACCGCCGGACGCGUUGCUGUUCCGAGGGGUGACCAACACGUCGCUGGAGGUCACCUGGAGCGCCCCCGGAGACUGCGACUACGACGACUUCGACGUGCGCUGGACGCCUCCCGACCGCGCUUUCGUGGUCAACCCGUACGAGAGUCGCCGGUCCGCCAGUCGGAUCCUGAGAGGCUUGUUCCCCGGACGGCUCUACAACGUCAGCCUGCGCACCGUCAGCGGCGCCUGGCGGGACGGGGGCGGGGACGGAGACGGGGGCGGGGCCUCGCCCUCCUACAGCCCGCCUGUCCAGCGCGGCGUUCGCACCAAACCGUCGCCAGUGGUGGGCCUCCGCUGCCGUCCCCACAGCUCCACGUCCGUCUCCUGCUCUUGGGCGCCCCCGGAGGCCGACUUUGACUCCUACGCCGUGGAGUGCACGCACCAGGACUCGGGGAACCUGGUCUACUCGCGCCGCUGGGACCGGUCCCCGUCCGCCUACGUCAUCGGGCGGCUGGAGCCUCACAAGCGCUACGACGUGCGCGUCAAGGUCAUCUCGGACGGCAGCGCCAGCGAAGCGUCGCGCGACAGCGUGCUCACCAUGAUCGACCGUCCUCCGGUGCCGCCCGCCCAGACGCGAGUGGACGCCGCGUCGGCGCUGGCGAGCGCGUCGUCCAUCACGUUCCGCUUCAACUGCAGCUGGUUCAGCGACGUCAACGGCGCCGUCAAAUUCUUCAGCGUCGUCGUCACCGAGUCCGAAGGCGAGGACGCGGUUUUGCCGGAGCAGCGCCACCCUCUGCCCUCCUACGGCGACUACGUGUCCAACGCCUCCGUCAAGUCCUACCAGACGUCUUUGUUCGCCGGCGGGGGCGUCGCCGAGCCGUGCGGCUACGACAUCGCCGUGGGGGCGGGCACGGACGUCCUGGGGGGGUCGUGCGACGGCGACGGGCGACGCUUCUGCGACGGCCCCCUCAAGCCCACGACGGCUUACAGGCUGAGCGUCCGAGCGUUCACGCGGGCGUCCGACGGCGUUUCUGCGCCGCUGUACGCCGACACCUUCCUGUCGCUGCCCGUGCGAACCGCCGCAGGCCCCACGAGCGGCGCGGCCGGAGGAAUCGGCGCCGCCGUCUUCGUGACGGUCGUCAUGGCGACGCUGGCGGCGCUGAUCGUCUGGAGACGAAACGCGCAACGCAAAACCGCGCAGGAGAGUUCAUCAGUGGCCAUGUGUGUGAGGAGGGAGCGAGCGUCGCCAAAAGGUCACCUGGGGGUCAGAGGGAAGUGUCGUCGCAUGACAAGUCCCAUCAACGUCAUCGACUUUGAGCGCCACUACCACAAACUUCAGGCCGACGCCCACUUCCUGCUUUCCGAGCAAUACGAGAGUCUGAAGGACGCCGGUCGCAACCAAACCACGGACGCCGCCUUGCUGCCGGAGAACCGCGGGAAGAACCGAUACAACAACAUCCUGCCCUACGACUCAACGAGAGUCAAAUUGACGUGCGUGGACGACGACCUGACCUCCGACUACAUCAAUGCCAGUUACAUCCCCGGCAACCGCUUCCGGCGCGAGUACAUCGCCGCCCAGGGGCCGCUGCCGGGGACCAAAGACGAUUUCUGGAAGAUGGUCUGGGAGCAAAACGUCUACAACGUGGUCAUGCUGACGCAGUGCGUGGAGAAAGGACGGGUCAAGUGUGACCGCUACUGGCCGGCGGACCGGGACCCGCUUUACUACGGCGACCUGAUCGUCCGCCUGACCUCCGAGUCGACGCUGCCCGAGUGGACCAUCCGAGAGUUCCGCAUCUGCUCGGAGGACGAUCCGCGGCACGUGCGCCUGCUCCGUCAUUUCCACUUCACCGUGUGGCCCGAUCACGGCGUGCCCGACGGGACGCGGGCGCUGGUCCACUUCGUCAGAACCGUCCGAGAUUUUGUCAACAGGAGCCCGGCCGGGGGACCCACAGUCGUGCACUGCAGCGCCGGCGUGGGUCGCACGGGAACCUUCGUGGCGCUGGACCGCCUCCUGCAGCAGUCGGACACGUGCGACACGCUGGACGUUUACGGGUGCGUUUGGCAGCUCCGCCUGCACCGCUCGCACAUGCUGCAGACGGAGCGUCAGUACGCGUUUGUGCAUCAGUGCGUCAGCGACGUGCUGCGAGCCAGGAACACGACGACGGUGUUUGAAAACGUCAGCUUGAGCCAGACGCUGUGCGAGCAACCUUAACUCCGGGAGACGAGUCCGCCCAGAUGACGUCAUUAAAACGAGCCGUCUGUGUGUGUGUGUGUGUGUGUGUGAGACGUCAUCCAAACGGUGACGUAUGAAGAUUGCUUAUUUUUUUUAAAUGUUGCGGCUUAUGAUUUUGCACAUUUCUCUUAAAAGUUGUACAGUAUUUUGACGGAUAUAGGACUGAGCAUAUAUUCUUUAUUUUAUUAUUAUUGUCAAUGUAUUUUUUUUUUCUUGAAAAUGAGGAAGAAAAUGUUUCCUUAUCUUUACUUCAUUUUGUUUUGUGUAAAGCACAUAAAGAUGGCGUUCACGGGUGUAUAGUCCAACGCGCCAUUGUAAAUUAUUACUAUUAUUGAAAUGCAUUCUAAAUGUGCUAAAACGACAAUACCGCUAUGCCGGGUGACGCGAGGAACUCCGAAGUGCAACUUGCACACGCAUGUAUCGAUCGGUAGAUCCGACCCGCGCAUUUUGAGUUCCGUGCGGACUGGGACGCUAAGCUAAGCUAGCCAGGCGCAUUCAUUCGUCGUGUGUGUCUAGUAAGAAAAGCAAAGGAUGACGCGACUCCCUUUUAUGUGGAAAAAAACAAAGUACAUUUAAAGUUUUUGAAAAAUGUUGUUUAUUGCUAGCGUGCACUUUGGCGUUGACAAAACAGUCACCCUCAUGGAAAUGGAUUAUUCCUGAUUGCCUUCUGUGGGAACGUCGACCUCUCCAACAUGGCCGCUAUGUUGCGCGUCAUUAACUUGGCGUUUCUCGGCAAUGUGCCAAUGCAAGGUAGUCACUCACCUCGCACCAAUGACGUACAACGCGUCGUUGCCCCCACACCCAGAAAAAUCCCCCCCCCCCAAUGUAAUUAUGGAUAUUUUUAUCCGAAAAUCGUCCCGGUUCCUUAUUUGGUGUAUUAAUGAAGUUAUACUGUGUUUUGUCCUCUUUCUUUCUUGUCAAUUGAAUAUUCUCAAUAAA